UGAGGAUGUAUGCGGUGGACAUUUCAACGUGACAGGCAGGGAGUCGUAAAGAGGUAUUUUACGACUCCCUGGUGACAGGCAGCAGUGGUUAGGUGCUAGCUGCUAAGCAUGCUGCAGCCUCUGCCGUUCAAUGGUCUCGCAGGGAACUUUGCGGGGUGAGACAGACUGAGAGCCUGGGCUUUGUUGCACUACAAAAACUUGAAAACCUCGCCGUCGACUGGGCCAUGGUUUGCAGAUCGUCAGCAGGCAUUAUUAAUUUUGACCUCAGCCUGUCACUGAAUCAGUGACUUGUGUGUCGGAUCCGCGUAAACCCACUAAAGGUGCAGCACUGACGAUGUGUGUGUGUGUGGAUGGCACACUUACUUGCUAGCUCUACUAGUCUGCCACUGUGCUGUGCAGCUGAACCUUGGGCUCGGAGCUGAACUGAGUGCGUGGAGCUGGGCUGUGGAGCUGAACCCUGGAGCUGUGCUGAGGAGCUGUACUGUGUUGUGGAGCUGCACUGAGUGUGUGGAACUGAACUGAGUCUGUGUUGCUGAGCUGUGGUGCUGAACUGUGUACUAUGAUCCAUACUUUUACAAAGCGCCGAAGUCUCUCGCGCGUUUGGAUUAUUGUGUUGUCGUUGGCAAGUGCCUCGGCUGUGUUUCUCCUCAGUGGCGGUAACUUGCCUGAUGCACACUUUACAGUAAGGACCAUUUCAAACCGAGCAAGCUUGCAGAAUGGCUUGCCACCCUUGCUGAAGCGAAGAGACAUGGAUGCCGCGGGUAGGGACAUAGCGGACGCCGCAGGGGAAAAUGGUCAUCACAGACUGAGUGGCACCAGGGUACAGCGGAACAAACCGUCAGUCGGCCAAUACUCAAAUGAAACAGAACUGGCCAAGGUGUCGCAAGUGUGGGGAGAAGAUGGUGCUGCUUACGCUUGGCCUCGGUCUGUCAGAAUCUACAGCCAGUGCCGGCACCCGGGAGAGGUAAGGAUCUGCAGCAAGCCACGCAAACAGUUUGUCAUCCUGCUGUGGGACGAGGAGUUCUGGAAUACACGCAGCGCCCUGCCCUUCGUCAUUCAUCCCCCUAAAGACGGCCUGCUGCAUUUCGGCUGUUGUGAUGGUAUGGACAUGGUAUAUACUGCUGACAAAGCCAUGUUGUCCACGGCAGACAUUGUGGACUUUCACCCGAAAUACCGCCAGCCUAUGCCAAUGAGAGGUCACAAGCACCAAGCGUUCAUGAUGAGCAGUGGAGAGCCGCCGUACGUUGCUGCAAAGUACUCGGUGCCGAUGGAAGAGAUCAACUUGCUGAGGACAUUUUCGCGCAGUAGUGACAUUGCGCAAUCUCUCACGCACCCGGGCGAAUGCUUCUGCGAGAAGUUCCUCCAGCCACUGAAAGUUCCUUACCGUGAACGGCAGCGCGUGCCUGUGUCAGUUUUGGUUAGCAACUGCAAGUCGUACGGCGGCCGCAGCCAGCUACUGCAAUACUUGAUGAGCAAGGUGGAAGUGCACAGCAUGGGCAGGUGCUUUCACAAUCACGCAAUGCCACCUGGACAAGACACUGACACCGUACUGGAGAAGUACCUGUUCAACUUCGCCGCGGAGAAUGCUGUCUGCGUGGACUACAUUACCGAGAAGUUUCACCGGGCACUGAAAGUCGGCACUGUUCCGAUCGUGCUGAGUCAAGAUCACAUGCCCGGGUACGAGUUUGUCGCGCCGACCGAAGACUCUUACGUCGACCUGUCUCGCUACGCUAGCAUUGACGAAGCUGCUGAAUUCAUCAGAAUGACGUCGUCGUCAGAGGAGGCGUACCACCGACAUCACACGUACCGCGGUAAGAUGGCAAACAGUACUGUGUUAUCGCACACGUUCAGAACUAAGCUGUGUGCCGAGAAAGAGGACGAUCUGGGGGAGUGGUGCGACAUUGCCAGUCGCAUGGAGACACCGAAAGGACGAGAGCAGGUCCUGCAGAAGACGUAUUUUAACUACCGUGACACGAUAGCACGCCAGUGUGCUUCUCGUGACUCCAUGGCACGCAAUGUCCCAAGCAUGGGCAUCGGUCUCCUGCACUGUGCUGUCGUUGCUCUUCUAGGUUUAGGUAUUAUGUUGCAUCAGUAUAGAACGUCUAUCCGAGGGAAGAUCCGCGGCUACCUUCGUGAAAUUGGUCUGUAUUUGGUUAGGACUUACACGCCGAAAUGAGCAUCCGUACGGUCAGAAGCGAAGAAGUGGAUGAAAACCUGA